GAGUGGGUUUUUAAGAAAUGCUUCCUUCCUUCCUUCCUUUUUCCUUCCUUCCUUCUUCCUUUCUUUCCUUCCAUAUCAUAUGCACUGAUUCUCACAACAUGUUAUUGUCUCCAGCUAUGAGCCAACAGGUUUGUCUCUGGAGUUAUUCAAACAGUGGUUUCAGCUCUCCACUUCAAUUGGCCCAUGGUGACAGCAUUGGAGGAAUUCGCCAAUCCCACAAGAGUAUGAAAUCUACAACCUUCCAACAAUGUCCCUUUGUUAGAAAUCCUGUACAUGGAAGUUACUAGAAAAGACAUUUCAAAUCAUGAAGAGUUAGGUUUUCACUGGACAGGCAAAUCAGGGUUAAUAAGAGUAAAAUGACUUGGCAAACUCCAGGGUUUCAAAGAUCUCUUGUCAAUCAGAUAGCAACAUUUAAACAAAGUGUCACUUUCGAAAUCGAGUUUAGAGUUUUUAAAGGAUCUGGGGUGAGACUGGAAGGGCUAGGAGCCAGAUUAUGUUUAAUAAAUCCUCCAUAAAAUCUUUUUUCUCUUCCUGAAAAUAGUUUGAGAUCAAUCGACUCUAUUUACUCAAUUACACUUGAUUUUCUUUGGUCUUUAAAACCUGGCCUACAAAGAUCUCCAAAAAACAGACCAGAAAUGAAGCUUUGGCUCCCAAUACAGCUCACCUCUGUUUUAACAGGACAUAGCCCAAUUUGUACAGCCGUCAAGUCAUCAGGACUAGCUUUACCUGGAAUAGCUUUGACCACAUCACAUACAGCACGAUAAAUCUGGAUGCACCUUCAAAGAUAUUUCAGAGCUAUUCCAAGAUAUUUUCAGUUUGUUUUGUUUUUGUUUUGUUUUAAAAGACGCAUUCGCCCCGCGCCCCAGGGUGUUUUUCUUUUCCUUUUUGACCAAAGGGAAGUCUUUUUUUCAAUUCUCAGCACAGGGUGAGCAGAAGAGGGAAACUCCUGCGCAGAAGCACUGACUGGGCGAAAUCUUCCCCUUGACGCAGAGUAAUACGGUAAAGGCAAGAGAUUACGGUACUAGCUGAGGUAGCGCCUGUUACAUCAGCUGUAGCUGCAAAGUUCCUGCCUGCUUUGGACUGCUAGCUCCCAGCUGAGUCUCACAGUAUUACAGUGGUUGGGGAGUUCUUGUAUAGACGUCUUGCCUUCUUUCCUUUCUUUCUUUUCUCUUCCUUUCGUCCCUUCCUUUUCUCUUUCCUGGGGAGCUGACCACGAGGCUGGAGCUCACCGGAGUGGACGGCUGAGUCUUUGGGUUCUGAGGAGCUGGGACUGUUGAGACGGCCAGCAGAUUCUCUCCGCGGUUAGAGGGAGGAGGCGGCGGCUGCAGCGGCUGAACUGGUCCAGGACCGGCUCCGGCGGAGACGCUCCGGCUGGCUGCCUCCCACCCCGAGUGCCUGAUGCUGCGCCCCAGGACCGCAGACUAGGAGGCUUGGGGAACAGAGCCGAGCCGCGUACAGCCCCGGAACCACCGCGGCCUUCUCCGGGGUUUCUUCUUCUGCUCAUUCAACCCUUGAAUCGGGGACAUGCCGAGGCCAAUGUCCUAGCAGGGGCGGCGGGGGAUUGGAGGGCUCCUCCUCCACCUCCUUUUCCCUCCAGAUGAGUCCAGGAGUCCUGCUGUCUUUGGGGAGAAGGAACUCGCAAGAAUCGAAGAGCUGUACACACCCCCUUGACCUUGACCUGGAGCCCUUGACACUGAGGCUUUGGGAUCUUGAAAGGCCUAGACACUAGCACACAUUGGGGGGGGGGGGGAGAGAGAGGGAGAGAGAGAGAGAGAGAGGUAGAUUUCGUUCAUUUGAUUUUUAAAUCUUUUCUAUUAUGGGAUACUGAAUCUUCACUUCCCCCACAGAGUUAGAAAGUGAAGCGCACCAGAAUCUCCUUUAGGCUAACUCCCCCCCUCCCCCAUCCUCAUUCCCAAUUCCCAAUUUCGAAAUGCCUUCCCAACCAUAAGGACUUUCUUCAGAAGAGGAAGCUCUCGGACUUGGAAGGUGCUGAGGUUCUAACAAGCUAGUUCCCCCAGCCCUCCUGGCCUCAGCUGGGUGGGGCCAGCAGCAGAGGGACCAGAGGCCGAGGGUCCUGCAAUUCUGACCAUGCCUCCCCGAACUGCCAUCUGUUUUCCUCUGCCUCAUGUGGGUUUCCAAGCUAAGUUUGGUUUGCUUCUGACAGCCCAUCUCGUGGGCCAAGCCAAGCCCCUGCACUCCUAGAAGACUUAAUCUUCUGAUCGACUGAUUGCCUGACUAAGCUUCCCACUCCCCAGCGAGCUGUUCUGUGACCCUUUAAAACAAGAUCUUGGAUUUUGCCCAGGUGGUGUCCAGGGGACCAUGGUGUUUCUCCCUGAGAAUGCCUCGGACAGCACCAACUGCACCCACGCUCAAGAGCCAGUGAAUAUCUCCAAGGCCAUUCUUCUGGGUGUGAUCUUGGGAGGGCUCAUCCUUUUCGGGGUACUGGGAAACAUCCUGGUGAUUCUCUCAGUAGCCUGCCACCGGCACCUGCAGUCUGUCACCCAUUAUUACAUCGUCAACUUGGCAGUAGCCGACCUACUCCUCACCUCCACAGUGCUGCCCUUCUCAGCCAUCCUAGAGAUCCUUGGCUACUGGGCCUUUGGCAGAAUUUUCUGCAACAUCUGGGCAGCUGUCGAUGUCCUGUGCUGCACUGCCUCCAUCAUGGGCCUGUGCAUCAUCUCCAUUGACAGGUACAUUGGGGUCAGCUACCCCUUGCGUUACCCCACUAUUGUGACCCAGAAAAGGGGACUCUUGGCCUUGAUGUGUGUCUGGGCACUCUCCCUGACCAUCUCCAUUGGACCUCUCUUUGGCUGGAAAGAGCAGCCCCCAGAGGAUGAGACCAUCUGCCAGAUCACUGAAGAGCCAGGUUACGUGCUCUUCUCAGCCCUGGGAUCCUUCUACAUCCCCUUGGCCAUCAUCCUGGUGAUGUAUUGCCGAGUAUACGUGGUGGCCAAGAGGGAAAGCAAGGGCCUUAAGCAUGGCCUGAAGACAGACAAGUCAGACUCAGAGCAGGUGACGCUCAGAAUCCAUCGAAAGAAUGCUCCCUCUGCCAGCAGCUCUGGAUCGAGCUCCAAGAACAAGACGCACUUCUCUGUGAGGCUUUUAAAGUUUUCCCGGGAGAAGAAAGCUGCAAAAACCCUGGGCAUCGUGGUGGGCUGCUUCAUCCUCUGCUGGCUCCCUUUCUUCUUAGUGAUGCCGAUUGGGUCUUUCUUCCCUGAAGCUAAGCCCUCGGAUACUGUUUUUAAAAUAGUCUUUUGGCUCGGAUACUUAAACAGCUGCAUCAACCCCAUCAUCUAUCCCUGUUCCAGUCAAGAGUUUAAAAAGGCGUUUCAGAAUGUCCUGAGAAUCCAAUGUCUCCGAAGAAAACAGUCCACCAAACAUGCCAUUGGCUAUACCCUUAACCCACCCAGCCACGCCAUAGAAGAGCACAAGGACUUGGACUUUUAACCCUGAAAACACCUUCAAACAGCUCCAGCCGGAGCCAUUGACGACACUCUAUGCAUCUGUUCCUUGCCCACAAACUUGGUCAUGGAGCAAGGCUGAUCUCAGCCUGCUUUGACUCCCACCAUCUUCAUAAACAAUGCUGGCCAUGAGCCUAUGGCCCUCCAGAGCCUCUGCGAGAUGGGUGAGUGGAGAUCACAGUUUGCAUUUUUGCUGAUGGGGGUGGAAAGAGCCAGAGGCCACAGAGGGACCCAGUAACUGAGUUAAGCUUCCUACAGAGGACACUCAAGCUGUCUGCAAAUGCUCAGCUCACCUUUCUCCUCUUCAUGUUCCCAGGAGCCCAAUUGGUAAGGGAUGGCCAUCAUACAAAAAGCCUUGCCUACACAACACAGGGAAGCUGUCCUCCAAUAUUCUCUACCACUGAAGCAUGGAUAACUGGUACUCCAUACCAAAUUAGGUAUUUGAUAAAGUGGCCAGCAAAGAAGGCUUUUUGUUUUCUCACAUGCACCUCCAUCUACCAGCACUUGUUCGAAGUGGAAUAGCUUAAUUAUAUUUUCUCUGCCUCUCAUAUCAGGACUGGUGGGGAGAUCAGUGAGAGAGACAAACAAUUCUUUCAUUAUAGCAUGCUCAGUCUUUCUGCUGUUCAUCUUGUGUCAUGUUGUGUAUUGACAAGUAAUGGGAAUUGUCACUAGGUUAGACAAAGAAUGAGGCACAUCUAACAGGAAUCCAAAAAACAGUCCAGGACUAAACAUAAACUAUACCUGGGAAACGAAAAGAUGAUAGGUUCAUAGAUUUAGAACCCAGUGGUCAUCUAGGCUAACCUCAUCAUUUACAGUUAAGGAAACUGAGUCCCUCAAAGGUAAAGGGAUUUCACCCUGUAUGGCCAAAGGCCAUGUAUGUAAUAAGAGGCAGAACCAGGAUUUUGAACCUAGACACCAUGGAACAGAAGAAAGAAUGCUAGCUAGGGAGAGAGCGUGUCUGGAUUCCACCCUCAGCUCAGCCACUUACUAUCUGGGUGGCUUUGGGCAAACUCUCUGAAGUUAGGUUUCCUCAACUGUAAGAUAAGGACAUUGCACUAUAGGACCACUAAGAUAUCUUGUGGUUCUAAAUCCACGGACCUAUUAUCUUACUGUGCUGGAGUAUUAGUGAGCCAUUAAAAUUAUACAAAUCAAUUACUACAUAACAGCAUGGUACAAUUCAACCCAAUACAAUAGAGUGAAGAACUUAAGUAAAUUUGGGUCUGUGAAAGCAGAGGAAAAGGUGGAAAACCUUGAUGCCCUGAGCUCAUUAUGGUAAGGCUUUAGCCAUUAUUUUCAUGUGUUUCCCUAGUUCAUAGGAAAGCAGAUCUAGAGUUGCGAGGAACUUCAGAGGCAGGCCAUCUAGUUCGUUUUUCCUCCUUUUACAAAUGAAGAAACUGAGGCAUCAAGUGACUUGAGCAAGGUGUUGAAGGGCAGUGGGAACAGAGAUUCACAGAAACACAGCAUGUCAGAGCUUAGAAUGACUUCAGAGUUGGUAAAAUAUAACCUCCUCAUUUUGGGUAGGACAGAACUCAGGCCAAGAUAGGGGAAGAGCCUGGCCCUCUGGUUAGUGACUGGGCCCAAAGUUUGAGGGUCAAUUCCUAUUUGUAGCCAAUCUCCUCAUUUCCUUAACUGCAAGACAAUCCAUUUACUCUGCAGAAAUUCCCAGUUCCCCCCUCCAUCCCCGGUAUUACUGCAUGCCAGGCUGGUCUAUCACCCCGCGUCUACCAUUCAGUGAUUGGGUACUUUCUGAGCACAUUUCUUUAUCACUUCACAGAAUUUUCUCCUAUUCUGCCCUGCCCUCUUUUGCCCUAUUUCCUCCUCUUUACUUCCAUCAAAAGAGCUAAUUUUUCUGAUAUAUUAGCACAAUCACCUUAAAAGCCAUUCUUUUAUUCAUUGAGUUUUAUUCAUUGCCUACUAUAUGCAAAGCUCUGUGAUAAACACUGAGGAUGCCAAGGCAAAAAAACCAACCUGAAACAAUCAUUUGAAUGGUGUCUUCCUCAUUAGGAUGUGAGCUCCUUGAGAACAGGGACCUUCCUGUUUUUGACUUUCUUUAUCAGUGCCUGGCCCAGAGUAAGUGCUUAAGAAAUGCCUGUUGAUUGACUGAAACACUCCUGCCUUCCAGAAGCUCAAAUUCUGCUGGUGUGUGGAAGUGGCAAUGCAACAGAUGGACAGAUAAGGAAAUAGAAGGCAUUUGAGGAAGAAGAGAGGUCAGGAGGAAUUGUUCUGGGAAGGCUUCAGGGAUACCAAAGAUGAGCCUAGAAGAGCUAUUGAUUCUGAGAGGCAGAGGUGAAGAGUGGAAUCUAGUCUAGCCAUGGGGAAUCCACAGAAGCAAGAUGGGGAAUGUAAGUUCAAGGAACAGGCAGCAGUCCAAUUUUCCUAGGACAUGAAGCAGAGAAGUGGGAGGUAAGCCUGAGAAUAUAGGAUGAUGUCUGAUUAUAGUGCGUUUGGAAUGGCAAGCUAAGGAAUUCAUAUGUUAUGCUGAAGGUUUUUGAGCUGGAGAGUGAUAAGAUCACUCAUGUACCUUAGGGAAAUUAUUUUAGACAUAAGGCAAAGGAUAAUGUAAUGGAGACACUAUGGAAAGAGGGCUAAGUUUCUAGUCCAUGAAAAGUGCUGUACUAGGGUGGUGGCAUCAGGUGUGGAGAGGAGGGGCUGGAGAUGCAGCAUAAGGAGGAUUUUGUGACUGAUCAAACAGAGGCAGGGGAGCAGUGAUGGUGAGGGAUCAGAAAGAACAAAAAUAUUUAUUUCAAUCAUAAUGUAUUCAUCUAAGUCCCAGAAUCACUGAAUCUCAAAGUUAGAAAACAUGUCAGUGGACAUGAGGUCCAAUCCAUACCUGAAAAAGAACGUCAUGGAGAAUAUACCUGACAGAUUGGCAUCAGCCUUUUUCUAAGACUUCCAGAGAUGGAGAACACACUACACACUGCGCACGCAUGCGCGCGCGCACACACACACACACACACACACACACACACACACACACACACGCACUUCACUUUUAGAAAUCUCUGAUUUUCCUGAUAUCAAGCUAAAUCCUUCCUGUCUGAAGCUUCUCCUCAUUGCUCCUAUUUCUACCAUCUGGGGCCAAGCAGAAUAAGUCUAGUCCUUCUGAAACACAACACUUCUUAAAAUGCUUGAAGACAGUGGUCAAGUCUAACUAUCCCUAGUUCUCUCAAGGGAUGCUCAUGUGUCUUGGUCUCUAGAUGUUUCAUCAUCUGGGUUUCCCUCCUCUGGAGGCUCUGUAGUUAAUCAGACUCAAAUCGACACAAGCUAAGAGAGAACAGUCUUAUGGGCUACAUGUGUCAGGACCUCAAUUCUAACUUCAGGUUUCUUCAUUUGAUUUCUAGAUCAUAAAGUCAUAAGACAAUCAAUUUAGAGAUAAAGGGGACCACAGGGGACAUGAGUGCAACUCUUUCAUUUUACAGAUGAGAAAACUGAGGCCCAGAGAGGUAAUAUGACCACCAGGGUCACACACAUAUUAUGUAUCUGAGACAGGAUUUGUAGGACCAUAGAUCUAGAACUAGAAGACCAUUUAGAACUGGAAGGCCAUAGAGGACAUCAGGCCAAGCCCGUCCUUUUAUAGAUGAGGAGUCUAAGACCAGAGAGAGUGACUUCUCCAGGACUACACAAUCAGUUAGUGUCUGAGGCAAGAUUUCAAUUCAGGUCUUCUGGAUUCCGGGUCUAGCACUCUAUUCACUAUACCACUUAGCUCCAAAAUUUAUGCAAGCAAUGGUAUGACGUAAGGAUGGCCAUACCCCAAGAUUUAGCCCAUUAUGGUCCAAUCUGACUAUGGCCAUUCAAUCACCUUCCUAGGCUAUAGUUACCUUCUUGCCCCAACCUUUUCCAUAUAGCCUGCUCCUAGCUUUGGGUCUUAAACUUGGUUUAAGCCCUGAGUAAGUUUUGGAUAUGGAGUUCGUGUUCUUAUUCAGCCUUGCUUGAACAUACUCUAUCCAUAUCAACCAUCUUUUGGUUUUCUAGGAAGAAAGCUACUGGUGUGUUGCAGGAUUUUAUUGGGAAUGUUUGGUAACAGCGAAAAAUAAGAAAAUUCAACUCUUUGGGUGAAAUAGAAAUAAGAGAGCAAGACUGGGAGCCCGAGGAUCUUGGACAAGUCCUUUCCACUCUCUGGGCCUUAGUUUCCUUGCCUUUAAAAUGAGGAGAUUGGACUACAUGAUCUACAAAGUCCCCCCAGUUCUAAAUCUAUAUGAAUGUACUUAAUUAUGAAUGUAAGCCACUCGUGAGUAGGGAUUGUUCCAUUCUUUGUAUUUGUAUCUUCAGCACUCUAGUGCCUGGCAUAUGAUAGGUACUUAAUAAAUGAAUAUUGAUGAAUUGAUUGAUUUGGGACCUGAAUGAAUACAGAUUUACCUUACCUUAAGAAAAACCAGCAUACCCAGAUUUGAACUAACAAACACAGAUAAAUGAGAGAGUGAGAGAUUUUAUGUGGUUCUUCUGAGAUCAUGGUCUUCUAUUAUUUGUAGCCACAUGACAUCUCCAAAAAAUCUUGGCAUUAAAACACAGACUUUUGUUCAUCCUAGAAAGCCCUGCACAGUUUCCCAAGUUCCCUGUAAUUCUGUUGUAGGCCCACAUCAUUAUCCACCUGAAAUGACUAGCCAACAUAGAAUCACUAAUGAACUGACUCAAUGACAACUGGCUGUUGUCAUCUAACCAACAUGCACUUUUCAUCCACUUUGUUCUUCCAUUAUAAAUGACUGGGCUCAUCUAUAUCAUGUGAAUAUGAAUUGCCUACUUCAUGAAAGGGUUCUUCAGUUUCUAUAAAGGGACAAAUAUUUGUUCCACUCAGAUUCCCUCUAGUCUAAUCUAGAAUGUAUAUAUUAAUAAUCUAGAAAUAUAACUUGAUACCUCACGGUGAACUAAAGCACAAAGUAUAAAUUUUAAGAGUAUUUGAUUUCCCCAACCUCACAAAAAGAAAGUGAAGAAGAAUUCUACUUUUAUAGAGCUAUUUUGUUUUCACUAGACCUGCAAUUUCACUGGUAUCCUAUAAGGAAACUCACUCUACCAAAGGUGAUUGGUAUCCCUACCACAACUAUAGUUCAGUUUUCUGGACCACUGUGAGGUCAAGUAUACGCAGAGCUUUACAAGAAAAUGCCUAUUUCAUAAAGUCUGGUAUACCUUAUGAGCUCAGAGGUUCAGAUCGAGAAGAGAUCUCAGAGGUCAUCCUGCUCACCUCCCUCAUUUUACAUCUGAUGAAUUGAAGCCCAGAAGGUCAAAUAACUUUCCCAAGGUCACACAGCUAUCAUCUCAGAAUGAAGGCAACCCACUUCCUCUGUCAUGGGGGGGACAAAAGAGAUGAAUCUCAUUUAGUGUUGAUGAUUUCUCAAGCUCAUAUCAAGAAACUAUCCCCAUAAAAUUGAGUUCAUUCAUUUGUCAAUUUGAGCAAAAGGGAUUCUGUGCUAUUAUUAUGCCAGCAAAACUAGUUUAUUUGCUGUUGCCAAUAUACAACAUUUCAUUUCCUCCCUCUGUGUCUUUGCAUCAGUCAGUUUUCCAUGCAUGGAAUGCUCUCCCUCUUCAUCUAUGCUUCUUGGAGCUAAUAGCUCAUAGCAAGGUUCAUACGGAAUAGCACCUCUGCCACCAACCUCCUCAGUUGUACUAAACUUAUGGUUAUAUUGAAUUGAUUGAUUGAUCUGUAUGCUUCUUGUCUUCUCCCAGUAUGAUGUAAGCUCCUUGAGGGCAGGGACUAUUUUAUUUUUGCCUUUGUUACCUCCAGUCUAAUACAGCACCUGAUGCAUAGUAGAUGUUUAAUUGAAUUACUUAUUGAAUUUAACUGAAUCUCAACUCUAUAUCUCCCCUAGUCCUAGCACAGUAUUCUGCACCCAGUAGGUGCUUAAUAAAUGCUUGUUAAGCACCAUUAAAUUGAAAAAAAUUGUCACAUCAGGAGAUGCAGUGCAGUAGAGUAAAAAGAGGGGUGUCUUGGCAUGGCUGAUCACUAGCUCUAUAACCUGAGGCAAGUCAGUGAACCUCAAGAAGCCUUAUUCUGCUCAACUCUAAAAUGAGGGGGUUCAGCUCACUGUCCUCUGUGGGCCCUUCCAGCUCUGGCUCUAUGUGCCAUCUGACUUUCAAGUGAAGGCUCUCUUUUUAAAAGGAAACUUUGCUUUGGGUCCCAUCCCAUGCCCAUUGUCCUGAUUUGCCUUUUGGCCCAAGUCUAAGUGAAUGAGUUAAUAAGCACUUGCAAAAACAAACAUGAGAAAGCCAAGAACAGGUUUCAGGACCUAAUUGUUCACAUUCUUGGAGACCCAGCUCAGUGUAACAGUCUCUCUCUGUUGUGUUCUCAUGGUUACACAACUUUCCUUCCCACCACCCAGAUUCUAACUUUCUAACUACCGGUCUCCUCAAUGCCCCUCCACUGCAAACAUCUCCAAAGAAAGAAAGAACAAAAUUCACAGAUCCAAGAAAUGUAACCACAGAAACACCAAUACCUGCCAAGGAAAACUGCCAUGACAAAUGGCUGCCUCUAAGCCCCAGGGCUUGGCACAGUAAACUAGCUCUAUCACCAGUUCUUCCCCUGUGCACGCACAUCUCUCCCUCCUUUUCCCUUCACCUUUUACCCAAGGCUGAACCUUUAAGGGGCCAGUGGAUGACAAACCUGGGCCCUUUUAAUUUAUGCCAUUGGAAAGAGUGGGCCUCAGAAGUCUUUCUUCUUCACUGGUAUUUAUACAGAAAAAAAAGUAAUUCAGGUUUUUUUUCUGAUAACAUCAUGUAAAUAAACAAAACUUUCACUGUGCAUGAGGCAACUAAUUCAUAACCGUGAGCAAAUGUUUUGUGAGCACUAACAAGCCAGUAUUGUACUCUACAAUGCUGUGUUAUUUUUAAAACAACAGUAACUAAGAAGGGAUUUCCAAAAGAAAGAAAUGGGUAGUGUGUUUUUCAAUCCAUUUUAAAACAUUACCUAUACGUAAUAAUUAAAUCUCUGUACUUCUCAAGAAGUGCUUAAACUUUGGCACUGAAAUCUGAAAGACGUUCAACCUAUGUUAUGUCUAGAGGGUUCACCAAGGUAACAAUCAUGGCUCGUGAGGUGUAAAAGUAGUCAAAAGCCUUGAGUGGCACUUCAGAAAAAAUUAGAAGUGAAAGGUUUUUACUAGUAUCAGCUUGCAACUGAACUGAAAAGCUUUUGCUUAUUUCUCCUAGCAUGGUAUAUGGUCCACCCCAAGUAAAGGUUCAUUACAUCCCUGUGAAAUUAAAGCUCUGGUUCAAUAGCAUGCCACAGUCCUCUUUAAAGCAUGAAUCUAAGCACAUUUCCCAGCUGGCUGCCCCUCCUCUGCUUGUUUUCUAAUAAAAGUUACCCAGGAUACAAGCUCCAUGUAGUAACCAGAACAUCUAGGUCAGUGGUGGGGCUGCCCAUCAGAUAGAGUGGUUUUCAAUAUAACCCUUGACUUGAAUGAGCUAAAUGAGCCCCACCACCACCACCACCACCACCACCACCACCACCACCCCCAUUCCCUGUGAAAUUUCCACCAAUGUAUCAACCAUAUGUGAUUCAACCAGACCUUCUUCUAGCUUUGGGUAUUUGAUCACUUCUGUACAUGAUAUCUUGAGUGGAUGGUACCUUUUGAUCUUUAAUUUUGUGAAAUAUAUAUGUAUAUCUUUCCUAAAUAUUGUGGCAAUGUGGAUUGUGUUGUAUAUACUGUCACAGACUGAAUGCUUGUGUGCCAAAUAGGUCUGUUCAUGAGUUUGACUUGCAUCCUGCCUUGCAAGAAUGUCUGUAUACUUGAAUCAGCUGCAGUAUUCUGCAUUGACAUCUAAACUGAAAAUGGCUUCUAAGACAUUUUACUCUUGUGAAAUGGACUGAGUAUCUUUGAACUAUCCUGUUUAAAUGUUUCUGAAUUUUCCACAUACCAUUUUUAUAAAUCCAUUUCUUUAAUACAUUGAAAAAAAUCAUGCUGGUCAUUUUUCUUGAAUUAAAUGAAUGUAUAUAUUAAUAAGCAGACAAAUAAAUUAUUGGGGGGAGUUGUACUUUGUGGACCAUGCAAUUCAUUCAUGUUUUAAGGGAGUUGUUCUAUUUGUUUGAACGAUGUAGUUCAAAUUAUAAGUAUUUACACUCCUAUAAAUAUAGGCAACAUAUUUAUGUCUUGUUCAAUAUUGAAAUGUGUCCUCUAAUAAAAUAUUUUAAAUGUCUUUCUUUAA